UUGCAACUUUUUCUGUUUUUGUCACAAUGCGUGCCUUGGUACAAUUCACAAAACGACACCCCUGGUUGACCAAUGUGACAAUAUAUGGCUCUCUCUUUGCGUCUGCUGAUGUUGUGCAACAGAGACUCUCAAAAGGACCCAAUGAACAAAUAGAUUUUAAACAAACUGCUAAGGUCGGAAUUGUGGGCUUCUGUUUUCAUGCCAAUUUUAACUUUUUCUGGCUAAGAUUUAUUGAAAGAACAUUUCCAGGAUCCGCAGCUAGGAAUGUCAUACGGAAGGUAGCAUGUGAUCAGCUGCUGGCAGCUCCAGUUACAAUCAGUGCUUUCUACACAGGUUUAAGUCUUUUAGAUAAAGAAGAGGAUAUCUUUAAAAACUUAAAAGAGAAAUUCUGGCCAACUUACAAGACGGGUGUAUUUUGCUGGACCAUCUUUCAGACCAUAAAUUUCAGCCUUAUACCACCAUUUGUCAGAACAGCCUACAUUGGAGUUUGUGCUUUUUUGUGGACCACAUUUCUCUGCUAUAUCCGUAACAGAGACAUUGAUCAGGUGACUACACAUGUCCUGCAACACAUUCCAGUCAUGGGCAGUAGAAGGACAGCUCAGACAGAAAAGGAAGAUGGAAGUAAAUCUCCUAAAUAAGGAA